CUCAUUCUGAUCGAUAAGCCGCCUAAUUCAGCGUCCUUGAAACUCGUGUUAGAAAAAAACAAUACGUGUUGAUAAGGUUAUUCUGAUACGACAACUCGACGUGUUGUCAGUCUAUGGACCAAAACCGCUGAGUGCAGUAACAGAGCUCCGGCAACUUCGAACGCUUGCAGCUGGAUCCUCGUGGGCUUCUUGACUUCUGGCGCCACUCGUGUCCAAGCGGAGAACUACCUAAAGGGACGCCUAUCGUAGGGCGGGACAAUUCGGUACGAACAGGGAGUCGGACAUGGAGUCGGAGGAACAGGUUCCUAUUCUUCAUGCUGAUGAGAAGUUUCAAGGAAGGCUGAUGACUCUGGCCAACCAUUUUGAGAAGAAGUACAAUAUCGAGCCUCUGUUCUUCGUUAGAGUUCCGGGAAGAGUUAAUUUAAUUGGCGAGCACAUCGAUUAUUGCGGGUACGCUGUUUGUCCGAUGGCCAUCGAACAGGACAUCCUCGUUGCCGUCGCUCCCUCGAAAGGCAUUCGUCUUACCAAUCUAGACCCGAAGUACGAGGACUUCCAAUGCAACUUGAAGGAUUUGAGUGUUUGCAUCGAGGAUGCCAGCUGUGGUCCAGACUGGUACAAGUAUUUCCUCUGCGGCGUAAAAGGAGCCCUCGAAGUGAUCCCAGAAGAAACCGCAGCUUCGGGAAUCCUAGCUGCAGUUUGGGGAAAUAUCCCUCCUAAUUCAGGGCUCUCGAGCUCGAGUGCUCUCGUCUCUGCUGCUGUCCUUUCGACCAUGCACGUUAGCCAGCACCAAUUGUCGAAACGUGGGCUGGCUACCAUCAGCGCCAGGGCUGAAAGGUACAUUGGCACUCAGGGUGGCGGAAUGGAUCAAGCGAUCGCGUUUCUCGGGAAGGCUGGCUCCGCGAUGCUGAUUGAAUUCAAUCCGUUGCAAGGCACAAUUGUCACUCUACCCGAAACUGCAGUGUUCGUAAUAGCGCACAGCCAGGCAUGUCACAACAAAGCUUCCACGUCAGAUUUCAAUUUAAGGGUUGCAGAGUGUCGACUGGCUGCGCAGAUAAUAGCGAAGAAAAAGAACAAGGGUUGGGAGCAUGUACAGACAUUAAGCGACGUUCAAGAGGCACUUGGCAUCAGCGCGGAUGAAAUGGUCCCGGUGGUAACAAACAACCUCCACGAGGAACCAUACACCCUAAGCGAGAUCAGCGAGAUCCUGGACACGACGAACCAAAGGCUCCGAGAGAUAUCACGCCUAGGGUCCUUCAGCGACUCGCAAACGUUCAAGCUUAAACAACGCGCUCUGCACGUGUACCAAGAGGCAGGCAGGGUGGUGACGUUUAAGCGCAUAAGCGAAGGGAACGCCAUAAUGGAAGAAGAGAAGCUUCGGCAGCUUGGUAGCCUGAUGUCGCAGAGCCACACCAGCCUCCGUAAACUCUACGAGUGCAGCCAUCCCAGCGUGGAUGCACUCGUCGACAAGGCUAUGAUUUGCGGUGCACUCGGGGCGAGGCUGACUGGAGCUGGGUGGGGCGGUUGCAUAGUGGCCAUAACAACGAAAGACAAGGUUUUCCAAUUUCUGGAUACGUUGAAGAAGGAUCUCGCCCGAGAUGGGAUAAAGGAUGGAUUCAAACUCGACGAUCUGGUUUUCCCGACGGAACCGAACCAGGGUGCUGUAAUUUAUACGAACUAGUUUCUCUAUCCAUAUUUUCCCAUUCUAUUCCUGCAUUUCAUAAAUCGUCGAAUGGAUAGCCGACAUAUAUUUACCAGACACCCUCCUAGGAACAGUUAUCUGUAUACGAUGCUGUUAUCGCGAACUUGCGCAUGCUCAGUUGUGUAUACAUAAACAAUAAAUCUUGCCAAACGUACACGACUUUGCGAAGUCUAAAAAGAGGCUGAAGUUUGAAUAAAUUAUAGCUUGUAAUGCCUCGAAACUAACAUUGGUACUACUUCAUGCACUAUACAAGGUAAUUUAACUCUUUGGGACACGAUGGGAUUAAAAGUGUCCCACCUUUUUGAUGGACCGUAAUGCAUGGUGGGACAUUUUUAAUCCCACCUCGAAAUUUUGCAAUAGCUGCACGUGUAUAGGUGUGAUACCUUUAUUAAUAAAAAUAUAACAAUUUUGUUUGAUUUGAAACGCAAUAAAAUUCCUGUGCAACAUGGGUCUAUUUUAUGACCUGAAUUCCUAUGCAGCAAAGAGUUAAAGCAAAGCUUGAUGAAUCUAAGGGGAUAGUUAAAAAAUUCCACCCCUAUGCGAUAGGAAUUGGUGAAAUAGAUAGGGAUCACGAAGUACAACAAAAAUCUGCCCCAAAUUCUGUAUCUGCUUUUCUAGAUCACCUUCUAUACAAUGCAAACGAUUGCCUUUAACUCAUCGAUACUCUGUAUCCAACAUAUUUUAUACAUACAAUGCUUUUCAUAGAUUAUUACAAACCAUGGUGCACUUUAAUGGUACAGUAUUUAAUAAGUUUAUAAGAGACUACUCUGAAAUAUACAAACGUGCAACGUCA